AUGCUUUUAAAAUAUUAUCUUGCCAUACUUUCACCGGCAAUCAGAGUCGUCUUAGGACAACCAGUAGACGAAGGUAACACCCUCGUUGAAGAUUAUGAUUGGCGCUUCGAAAGUCCCGUUGAUAUUUGCAACAGAACCAACCAUUUUAUUGCUAGUUUAGCAGACCUCAAAGAAUUGGCUCGCUGUUCGGUGGUGGCCGGAGACGUCUCGAUUGAAAACUUCAAGGACCCCAUUAUUCAUUUUGGAGAUAUCCAGAAGAUAUUGGGUUCGCUUUCGGUCAGAAAAUCGUCGUCGCUCGUUCGCAUGGAGGCACCUCUUUUGGAGAGCAUCAGCGGUAGUUUUGGCUUGAAACAACUCACUUCUUUGUCGUUGGUAUCGUUUCCCAAGCUUCUGAACUUGCAGUCCCUUGACUGGCAGGUAAUUCCCAUUUUGAGCAACAUCAAUUUUGCCGGCACACUUGAAGGGUUGAAAAGCAUCAAGAUUUCUGAUACGUCGUUAACAGCCAUCUCUGGUUUUAUAAGCAACGAGUUGAGUAUUUUCGACAUCAACAACAACCGCUUCUUGGAGCUGAUAAGUGCAAAUAUGGAAAAGGUGACUGAGUCUCUCCAUAUUUCCGCCAAUGCCAGAAAUGCGUUUGUGUCUUUGCCCCGGUUGAGUUUCGCUCAAAACAUGAGCAUCAACGAUGUUGAGCAGUUGAACUUGGCGGAGCUUGAGAGUGUUGGUGCUUCUGCCAGUCUCAUCAAUAAUCGGUUCAAAAGCUUGAAGCUUCCUAAACUUUCGAGUGUCAAGGGAACCUUGAGUCUUGUGAAAAACAACGAAUUGAGCCACACUGAUUUCGCUUCUCUUACAGACAUCGGAGGCGGUCUUCUCGUUGCAAACAAUACCCUUAUUGAGCACGUCAACUUUCUACCAAAACUCAAUGUCAUUGGAGGAGCUAUCGAGCUUGUGGGUAACUUUAAAGAUGCCAGCUUGAAACAAUUGCGUCUUGUCAAAGGAAGUGCCCGUGUGAAGUCUUUUGCUGCUGGUUUCGACUGUGCAAAAUGGAGCACCGCCGAGAUGUCUUCUGUUAUCAGAGGAGGAAAAAUUGAAUGUAGCAAUGCCAAGAAUGAAACGAUGGUUGCUGGUUAUUCUGUUCUGUCGGUGGUUUCUGAGGAUGUUGCCAAUGCUUCCAAGUUUGGUUUGGCCAUCUACCUUGUGGCACUUUGGGGAUUAUUCUAG